GCAGGACGGGCGGGAGGUAUGGGUAGGCUGUACUGGCCCCCUCUCACUUUGCAGAGUGGCCUCCCAUAUACAGUCUGUCACACAUUUCUUUGCAGGGCCCGGGAAGUCAAGAAAGAAUGUCGAGUGAUGAUAAAAAUAAGCCGAGCGAGCCCAAGAAUGAGCCCAAGACCUGUGACCCAAAGUGUGAACCAAAAGUUGAGACCAAAUGCCAGCCCAGCUGUUUAAAGAAGCUGCUGCAACGGUGCUCUGAAAAGUGCCCACGGGAAAAGUGCCCACCACCGCCCAAGUGCCCCCCAUGCCCUCCGCCAUGUCCCCCGCCACCAUGUCCCAAGCCAUGCCCCCCAUGUCCUAAGCCAUGCCCCCCGUGUCCUAAGCCAUGCCCAUGCCCAUCACCAUGCCCUCCCAAAGUGUGUACCAAGCCCUGUCCUCCUAAAUGCCCACAACCCCAGUGCCCACCCCCCCAGUGCCCACCCCCAGAGUGAGGUAUCAAGGGCAUCACCCAGCCCCAUAUCACCAUCAUCUCCGCAUGCUCACCACCUUGGGGCUGAGAACUGAAACCAUGAACUGACAAGUAAAUGUGUCCCUCUGCUGUGCAAAAGACUUGCUUCUCCUGGGGUGUUGUUUUGUUUUUUUUUGUGGGGUAUUUUUGGCAGUUCUUGAUUUAUCUGUUGUUUUCCAGCACCAAACCACCCAGCAGCUAUCCCUGAGGAGUGAGGCCAAGACCCCGGCCUUCCACCAUCAACCACCUUUUAAGACGGUGUCUCCUCUGGCCCCACCUGCUAUAUAUAGAGAGAUGGCAUCUUCUGAGGGUGCACUCAGGGUACAGUUCCCUGUAAGCGCACAGCCUGAGAGCCAUAAAGAUGGCUGUUCAAGUGUCUAAUGCCAGGGACCACGUGGGCAUGAGGGAGGAAGAGAGCAUGAGGAUGAAGAGAAGGGGAUCUUAGGAAAGGUCCCGGAAGGCUCAGGACAAGAACCCUACCUGUUGCUUUGAGACCCAUUGCCCAAUGCUUGGA